UCUCCAUAUUCCUCCCUCAAAAACAACUCAAAAAAACAAGAAAAAUGGAGAAACAAUGCACAAGCAAUAAGCAUUUUGUGCUUGUUCAUGGUGCAUGCCAUGGGGCAUGGUCAUGGUACAAACUAGUAACAUUAUUAGAGAAAGAAGGACACAAAGUGACAGCUUUUGAUCUUUUGGCCUCUGGAAGACAACCAUUUGGAAUUGCUAAGGUUCAAUCUUUCAAACAUUAUGUUCAACCUUUGAUGGAGGUUAUGUCAUCUUUGGCUCACAAAGAGAAGGUCAUCUUGGUUGGCCAUAGUUUGGGAGGUGUUGCCAUCUCAUUGGCCAUGGAGGCUUUCCCGGAAAAGAUCGCUGCCGCCGUCUAUGUCGCCGGAAUUGCCCCCGGAAUCGACUUCCCUGCUUCCGAGUUUUUUGAUAAGUUUUUUGUUCGAAACAGCGUCGAAUCAUUGCUAGAUACUCAAGUCGGCUUCGAUGAUGGUCCAGAGAAUCCUCCAACAUCAUUAUGGUUUGGAUCAAAACUAAUUGCAUCAAGAAUGUAUCAACUUUGCCCACCGGAGGACAUUAAACUUGGAAGCAUGUUGCUAAGACCCACAAAGUUAUUCCUGAGAGAGUUGGCAAACAAGUCAUUGCUUACAAAGGAAAGAUUUGGAUCAGUUGAGAGAGUUUAUAUCAUUUGCAAAGAAGAUGAUAUGUUGCAAGACCUUCAAGAGUGGAUGAUUGAGAAGGCAUCAAUUAAACAAGUGAUGGAAAUUGAAGCUUCUGAUCAUAUGCCUAUGCUUUGCCAGCCUCAAAUGUUGCUUAAUUGUUUUUUGGAUAUUGCAUUCAAAUAUGUUUAAGGUUUUAAUAGUUUGUUUAGUAAGGAGCAAUAAUGGUUUGUAUUAAUUAAUUACCCUUGCAAUAAGAGAGUUUGUACUUUACUCUUCUUCCAACUCGAGGGUUAAAGUUGAUGAUUUA